UAAGCAACGAACGAUUCGCUAGUGUUUAUUGUAAGUUCCCUCGGCUUUAUUUAUAGCUGUCAAGAUGGAAUGCUGAAAAAAUCAACCUCAGAUUUUGUAAUGAGUGAUGGCAUCCUCAGAUAAAACCAAACCUUACAUAUUUAGAACAUUGACACGAUCACACAAACCGCAGAAAGAGAAGAUCAACGAAAAUACUCAAGGAAACACAAAUUGGCGAUGAUGUUUUCUUUGAGACAACCUGUGGCUGGAGAAAUUCUUAUAGCAUGGCAGAAGUAUGCUGCCAGUUCUUCCGAUGAACUCAGUUUGGACGUGGGAGCCGCAGUAGAACUUCUAGAAACAGAUGAACACAGCUCCCCAACAAAACGCCAGAAACUUGAUCAUGAUUUGGAUACCGUGUCUGGAGAACUCCUGGAUAAUUCUGCUGCACGUCACAAACUGUCAGUGAAACCUAGAAGAACCCACGCCAGUUCAAGACAUUCCCCAACUAGGUUGAAUAUCAACCAGAGAUGGCUCGUGAAAGAAGUGACUGGUAGUAAGAAGCAAGGAUGGGUACCUUGUAGGAUUCUACAAACGGCCGAUGAUCCUACUUUGAGCACGACAGGCCUUCCUGGAGAUGCAGAAUACAGAAGGCUGGCUGUGGUGAGAGAAUUAGUGGAGACGGAACAAGAAUUCGUGAAAGACCUAGACCAAGUUGUCCAACGAUACCUAAUUCCUUCCGAAUCUGGAAAGGUACCGAAGGUCAUUAAAGAUAAUUUCGAUAUCAUCUUUGGAAACUUCAAAGAGAUCGCAGAAUUUCACAGAACAGUUCUGGUAGAAGGAGUUAAAUAUUAUGCCAAGCAGCCCAUAAUGAUUGGAAAAACAUUCCUUAGACUCGAAAGGGAUUUUGAUAAGCACGUCAGUUAUUGCAGAGAUGAACCCAUGGCACAGGAGUUCUUGGAUGCUUGUGAUGAAGCUUUCGAUUAUUUCGCUGAACUUUCACAACGUUUCGGUGACGACAAGACUAUAUCUGAACACUUAAAACUUCCGAUACAACGUAUCAACGACUAUCAGCUUCUAUUGAAGGAGUUGGUAAGGUACAGCGCUUGUCUCGGCGAAAACUACGUCGAUCUCCAGAAGGCCCUAGAUUUGAUGCUGAGCGUCCCCCAUCGAGCCCAAGACGAUAAAUUCAUCUCGAGCAUCGAAGGAUACAAAGGCAACAUCCACAAAUUGGGACGUCUUUUGGCCCACGACAGAUUCACAGUCACAUUCGGAAGUAUCAGCAAAGAGCGGUACCUCUUUUUAUUCAAAGCACGUAUACUCAUUUGCAAAGUUAGAAGGAUAUCAGAAGAUAGGUCCAUCUUUCAACUGAAGGAUAGCGUUCGGCUUACCCAAAUCGAACUCAAAGAUCAUCCAGAGGACGAACUCACAUUUGAAUUAGUCGAUAAAGUCGGAAAACAAACGCUCACUCUAAAACUCCAUAGGAGCGUGAAAGACUUCUGGUUGAAAGAAAUCAGAGAGUUUGCGAAGGAUCAUAGUGAAGGUGAAGAAACCGGAAGCGACGAAUUUCCACCUGAUUCACCCCCUGAGAAAACAGUUGAUUCUGGAAAAUCAAAAGAUCUCCAAAAGAACUCCGAACAAAAGCAGAAAGUUGAAGAAGAACCGAAACAAGGACCGAAGGAGUUGAGCAAACCACUCAUCACAGUAUCAGAAGACGAAAAAUCCAAAGAUAAAGAAAAUAUCAAAGAUAUCAAUGAAAAGAAACCAAAAGUAGACAAACCCGAAGAACAAUCAAAGACAGAUAAGCCAAAAACAGAGACACCAAAGUUCGCGACAAAACAACGAGAAUCUGUGAAAAAUAAAGAAGGAGAAGGUAAAUCAAAGGAGGCUGUACCAAAGCCAAUAGAAAAACCCAAAUUCAAAGCACCCGGCCAAUCCAAGCAACAAGAUAACCUCAUAAAAGAGUUAAAAUUACUCCAAACAAAGACCGAACAAUCAUCUAGUUCCUCAGAAACCCUUGUCGCUGAACCACCCUCCUCCCUUCCCCUCACCACCACCACAACAACCGACGUUCCCCCGUCAGAAAGUGAAACCCUUCAGCAAAUUGAAACACCAGAGUCGGAAGCAGUCGAAGAACACCACUUGAAGAAAAUCCAAGCUGUUGAACCGUUGAUUCAGAUCAACAAACCCAGGGUUCUAGAGGAAGUCAUACCCUAUAUCAUCAAACCACCCCCGGAACUGGUGCCUGGUAGCGCAAUAGACAAAUUGCUCAGCGUAGAGAAGUCCGGAGUCAGCGAUAUUGUGUUAACGGAUUUCAAAGUUGGUGUAGAGGUAAAUGUUGGAGUAGGCGACGACAUGAGUCGAAAGUAUACUUCUGCGCGGUCAGAAGGCGGGUACGAAUCUUCAUAUACAAGAAGGUCUGGCCAAUCUUCUCUCACCUCCGAUGGUUUAACUUCCUCUCGUUACACCACAGAAACUUCUUCUAGUAAAUUGCGUAGCGACUCACUCACAGGAGGCUCGAAGUAUGAAAGCAUAUCUUCGAAGUAUGGGAAAAAAUCAUACAGCGCAGAUUUGGGUGAUUCGUCGGCAGUAACUUCUAGCUACAGUUCAAGGAAAGCAGCCUCUGGUGAUGAUGACGACUACAGCUACAGUAGGAAGAGUAGGAUCUCAGAAGACAAUGGCGACACUUACAGCUACUCCCGGAAAUUUUCAAAGAAAGGGGAUGAUGGAGACUCCUACAGCAAGUACACCAAAAAAACUUCCAGAGCCUUAGCUGGGGACGGUCUAGGUGACGAUGACAGUUACACCUACUCCAGACGUAGCGUCAAGUCUAGAAUAGAAGGGGUUAGUGAUGGGGAUAACUAUUCAGUCAGAAAAUCCCUGAGGACUUCUGUAGAAGGCACUGGUAUCGAACCAAGCGAGACCAACGACACCUACAGCUACAGCUCUAAACGUGGGGUUAGUGCUGAACUUGGCUCUAAAUACUCCCUGAGGUCGAUGUCCAUCGAGGAAGGCAAAGAAAACACAGAAGAUUUAUUGAACAAAUACAGCAAGAAGUAUUCGAGACAAGACUCCAGUGACCAAAAAGCUUCCAUCGAUGAAGAUGAGGACAAGUACGCAAAGUAUACAAGGAAAUACUCUAGAACUGACUCGCUCACCGACAAGAAGCUGUACCUUGAAGAAGACGAAGGUAAGUAUAGCAAGAGGUACUCCAGGUCGCACAAAGACGAGGAAGAGGCUGGCUACACUAGAAGGUUUUCGAGAACGGACUCUCGUGAGAAGAAGAAGGAAGAUGAGGAGGAUGCGUAUGAGAAGUAUGCCAGGAAGUAUUUGAGGAAGGAUUCUGAGAUCAAUUCAAAGGUUACGGAUGGGGUCAAGUACUCCAGAACUGAUUCUACUGAGAAGCAAUCUAGGUCCAGGUUGUCUGGAGUUGAUGAUGAAUCCGUGAAAAUAUCUGAAACUGUAAUCCAGCAAUCCGGAAUUAAAUCAGAAUCUUCCGCUUCAAAGUCAAUUGUAUCGGAAUCUUACGCUGCAGAAUCCACACAUAGUUACAAAAAAGAAGUGAAAUCCGAAGCUUAUGCAGAGGAUGCAACUUCAAUUUCAGUUGAAGAAAAAGUCACUAAAGAAGUAGUGGAACCUGCCGAAGAGGUUGAGGUGUCAUUCUCCAAGGCUACAAAGAAGGAAACAGAAAUGAAACAAAAAGAAGAACAUGAAGAAACCCGAAAGGAAGUCACUUCUCAUGAAGAGGUAGCUACUCGUGGAGAAAAGCAGAAGGAGGUUGAGUCCAAAGAGGAGGUAAGAAGGGAGAUCAAUUCUCACGGGGAAGAAUCGCAUGAUACUCUCUCCGCAACCUUACGGAGUGUCAGGGAAAAAUCAGCAGAACAAAAACUGGAGGAAUUAGAAAUUGAUAACAAGCCUAGGUUCAUCAAAACCAUUCGUGGAACCAGUAUAGAACCUGGAGAAACCGCUCACUUCGAAAUAUCUUUGAGCGCCCAGCCAGACUCCUUCAUCUGGCUGAAGGACAACAAAACUCUCAACGAAGACGAUAAUCUCUCUGGGAGGAUUCAGGCCACGGCUUGCGAUAAGGGUCACGAGUUCAAGCUGGUCAUCAAGCAGGUGAAGGAAGAAGACGCGGGGAUUUAUACGGCAGUGGCGCAGAACAAGAACGGGAAGACCACGUGCUCAGCACAGCUUGUUGUGCAUGAACUUACAACAGAAGAACGGACAACACGGGCAAGCACAGAUAAACCAGAAUUUUUGGUCUCGAUGAAAAACGCAGAGUUACUGGAAGACACAUAUCUUCGUUUCAUGGUAAAAAUUGCAGGAGAACCUAAUCCAGAAGUAUCAUUCUUCAAAGAGGGAAAGAAGAUACAAGAGAAUGAUGAACGUUAUCAAAUCAUCAGAGAACACUCCGAUAGAGGUUUCUAUGAACUGGUCAUCCCUGUGGUGAAAAAAUCUGACGCAGGUCUUUUCAAAUGUGUAGCCACGAACAAAUUUGGAGAAGCCUCAUCUGAAGCCACCGUUACUGUCUCAGAAAACAAGCACGUAUUCGAUGAUAUGCCGGAAGGAGAAACCCUCCCACCCGGAGAAAAACCCGUUUUCCACUGGAAGAAAGACGGAGUGCCCUUCGAGCCAGAGGAACGAUUCAAAGUCCUCAUGGGCGAUGACGAAGACUCUCUCGCUUUGGUCUUCCAGAAGGUUCGGCCCGAUGACGUGGGUCUCUACACUUGCGUGGCUCAAACCUCCAGAGGCCACAUCAGCUGCAGCGCAGAGCUGACUGUCCACGGAACCGUUAACCAGCUGUUCAGAGAACCAGAGAAGCCUACGCUUAUCGUUAUCAAGAAGGACCCCAUCGUCAACGUGGGAGGAUCCGCCAUGUUGGAGCUGCAGGUGAAGGGCUACCCCAAACCGAAUAUUACAUUCAAGCAUGAGGGGAAGACGAUUGAGUCAACUAAAAAACACAAAAUCCUGUAUGAAGAUGAAGAAAGUGUCUCUCUUGUUAUCAAAGACGUGGAAUCUUCGGAUGCUGGAAAAUACACCUUCACAGCAGAGAACGAGCUAGGAUCCGACACAGCCGAAAUGAAUCUGACAGUCAAAGUUAAAACACGAAUCGAUGCAAAAACACAAGACUCGCAAGAGUGUUCCCACACUAUCAUCCUAGCACCACCGAAAAUAACUACAAAAAUGGAGGAUAUUUCGGUACACGCCGAUAUACUCCUGAAGAUGGAUGUCGAAGUAGAAGGUAUUCCGAAGCCGACCAUCCAAUUUUACAAGAACGGCAAAGUUAUCAAGCAGAGCCAGCACAUAAAAGUAGUCGAGUCAGGGGAAAAACACAGUCUCGUUAUUGAGAAAACAAACCUCAAAGACUCAGGCUCCUAUUCUGUGGUCGCUACCAACGAACUGGCACAAGUCUCGCAGUUCUGGAACCUAGACGUAUUCACGAAACCAAAAGUUGUCCAGAAACUAGGAGCGGACAGACAAGUUUCCCAGGGCGAAAAUGUGGAGCUGAAAGUCAAACUGGAAUCCGAACCGAAAGCGGAAGUCAAGUGGUUCAAAGAUGAAGAAGAGAUCAAAUCCAGCGAGCACUUCGUCAUAAAAGAGGACAAGGACACGUAUAUACUGAAAAUCACAGGUGCCGUGACUACCGAUGCAGCACGAUAUAAGUUCAAGGCUCUAAAUAUCCACGGCAGCGUUGAUGAUGAGGUCAAAAUCGACGUGAAGAAAGGGCCAAAAAUUAUAACGGGACUGCACGACAUGACCGUCACAGAGCGUGAUAAGAAUGUCACUCUGGAUGUGAAACUUGAAGCUUUCCCCAAGCCAACUGUUAAGUGGUAUCUGGAUGAAGUGGAAAUCAAAGAAACAAGAACUGAAUUCACCAGGUUGGAAUCGGAUGAUGGGGUCAGUCUGAUCAUCAAAGAAGUGUCCAGCGAACUGUCAGGCCAGUACACCUGCAAACUCAGCAAUGAAUGCGGAACUGCCGAAACAAGCGCCAAGCUAACAGUCAAUUGUGCUCCCCGCAUUAUCAAGCAGUUGAAAGACACCACAGUCGAGGAAGGAGCAACCUUACACUUGGAAGUGGAAGUCGAAGGCUGUCCAACACCCACUGUGAAGUGGCUGAGGAACGGACGAGAAGUUUCGGCAGACGCCAGGAUCAAAAUAAGCAGAGACACGCAGAGACACGAAACAUACAACUUGGACGUGAAUCUUAUCAAGUACGAAGAACAAGGAGAGUACGAAGUUAUCGUGACGAACACGCUUGGAACUGUCAGCAGCAAGAGUUUCGUCACAGUACACAAAGUUACUCACACUGACGCUAUCGAGGAAACCGAGGAAGCGCCGAAACAAGUGAAAUUCAAAGUCGUCGAGGACGAACCUGAAAACGCCAUAUCAGCAGAGAGAGAAGAAAAAAUUGAAGUUGAGCCUGAAGAACCGAAACAUGCUGAAGUGGAGGAAAAAAUCGAGGAACCAAAACAAUCGGGAGGUUUACUAUAUGAAAAAAGCCACGCGGAACCAAAAGAGUCGUCUUUGAAGUCUCCUGAACCAAUAAUCGAAGAACCUGAGUCACCUGGUGAAUAUCAAAGGACAAAUUCUUCUAUAAUUGAAGAAACCGACCACGUUGAAGACGUCCCGGAAGAAAAGCCCAAAGAAAAAUCGAAGAGAGGAUUAUCGGUACAGAUCGAAGAGAUUGAAGUUGACCGAAAUGCAACUCAACCUACUCCAAUAGAGGAGAAGCAAAUAGAGAAAAGUAGACCAGAGUCAGCUGUGUCAGCAAUAAAAGAAGUUGCUGUCAUUGAAGAAGGUGUUAAGGAAUCAAAACCCAAACCUGUUGAAGAGACUGAAAGCGAUUUCAAUAAAAAGCUCCAGAGAGGUAUAUCAGCCACAAAAGAAAAAAUAGAUAUAGUUGAGGAUGAUUCAGUUCACAAAGAACCUCAAACACCUGUUGAAACAGAACUGGAUUCUGAGAAACCUUUCCCCAAAAAAGCAACUAAAGCAACUGUAGAAAAAGCCGAUACAGUGGAGGUUAACGAAUCUGAUAGCUCUCCGAAAAAAUCGAAAGAAGAAGUUCUUCAGAGGCAAGAGAGCCAAAAGGGACAGAAAGUUUUUGAGGAAGAAGCUGAUGCCAAAACUGAAGAACUCCUGAGACGAGCUCAGAAACAGAGAAGCUUGGUCGAAGACAUUUCUGAAAAAUCAAGUGAUGCAAAAGAAGCCAUACCAAUAAUCCUGGAUACGAACAUGAAAGAUGGAUCCAGACCUGAAUCCUUAGAUAUUACAUACAUCGUUAGAGGAUUCGCGAAUCCUCCUCCAGUAGGAACUUGGACGCUGGACGGUAAGGAAAUCAAGCCUGAUAGCAACCUCAGAAUGACCACCAGUCACAAUGGUGAAGAAUUCAAACUGGAAAUAAAAAAAUUGGAAAUGAAGGACGCCGGCGUUUAUCAAUGCAUCUUGAGCAAUCCUCUUGGAGAUGUCAAACAUCAGGCGGUUUUGGAAGUUACACCUGAAAAAGAAUUGAGGAGACCAAAACUGAAAGAGGGACUAAAGGAUCAAACCAUCGUGAAGAAAAAUUCCGUCACAUUCAAAGCUGUUGUGGUUGGAGAUCCAGUUCCCGAAGUCACCUGGUGUAGAGAUGGUAACGAAAUAUCGAACGAUGAAUUCGAGCAGAGUAAAAUGAUACUGGAAACUGAAGACCAUGAAAUAGAAGACGGACUCAAUGAGUGUUCCUAUUCUUUGACGAUUCCAAGAUGUGACCCCUCUAAUAGCGGCAAAUACACGAUAAAGGCCAAGAACAAAUGGGGCCAAUGCGACAGCAGCGCCAAACUCACCAUAGUAAUGCGCCCUGAGAUAGAAGGUCCGGAAGACUCCAGAGUAGUACCCGGAGAAGCCACCGAAUUCACUGUUAUCGUCCACGCCAAUCCGGAACCACAAGUUUUCUGGAGCAAAGACGGGGAGGUCGUGGAAACUAACGACCUCAUCAAGAUAGUAGAAGAUAAGGCCAACAAGACGUACAAGCUGAUCUUCCAUAAGGUCAUGUUAGCAGAUGAAGGUUACUACAAGGUCACGGCGAAGAACGAGCUGGGGGAGAACAGUUCGGAGGCACGACUGAAGACGAUCAAGGAAGCGGAACCCACGACUGAACGUCCGAAGUUCAUCACUGGACUCAGUGACGAUCAAGUUGAGCACAAACAGGAAGUGGCUCUGAUGGUGCGAGCAGACGGUCUACCGAAACCGGAAAUACGUUGGUCUCUCAACGGUAAACCUAUAACUGAAGAUGCAAAUCACAAGAUCGAAACUGUGACGGAGACUCAAGUGACCAGCAAAUUGACAGUCAUUGGUUUCGAUGAAGGUUUUGCAGGCUUUUACAAAGCUGUCGCUGUGAAUAUUGUGGGCGAAGCUGAAACUUCAUCAAAAGUCUCAAUGUUGCAAACUCCGCCAUCUUUCGGUAAGAAGUUGGACAGAAAUGUUGACGUUAAUGAAGGAGAACCCUUGGAGCUGAAGGCCAAAAUCAACGGAAGUCCAAAACCAAUCGUUUCUUGGUUCAAAAAUGGAGAACCGCUUCUGGAAGAGGACAACAUCAAAACGACAAUCUUACCGGAUGGAACAGUCAAACUCAACAUCGAUAAGUGUAAGCCCUCUGACAGCGGUGCGUAUAAAUUAGUCGUCAUGAAUUCCAAUGGAGAAACUGCGUGCCUUUGUGCUGUCGCAGUUACCCAAAAACCUCAGAGGCCCAAAUUCGUCAAAUGUUUCAAGGACGUCAAGGUACCAUUGGGCGAGUCUCUGCGUCUCGACGCCAAAGUGGAGGCUUACCCGCCUCCGGAAAUCAAAUGGUUCAAAGAUGGCGUCCCAGUACGUGCUUCCUCCAACGUUCACUUUGAAAAUCAUCCGGACGGCAGGGUGGCUCUGGUGGUGGACGUGAUGAAGCCGGAGUCUGCUGGUAACUACCAAGUGCAAGUGACGAACAAACUUGGAGAAGCUACAGGCGAUGCUAAAGUGGGAGUAGAGAAGAGGCCGACGAAGCCAGAAUUUAUCCAGAGACUGCAGCCACAGACCGUCGUGGAAGGCUUCCCGGUUAAGUUUGAGGUCAAGGCCGAAGGUUUUCCUGCUCCUAAGAUCACUUGGUGCAGAAACGGCGCCGAAGUUAUCUCGGACAACAAACACAUCAAAGUGUCCGAACAACCAGACGGCACCAGCGCCCUUCUUCUCGACGCCGCCGACGCCGUACGAGACGCAUUGACAUACAAGGCCAUCGCAAGCAACGAAGCAGGGGAGGUCGACACAUCCGCGCUCCUGACGGUGAAAUCCGCUUCCAAAUCAAGCGAGCCCGAAGAACGGCCGAUGUUCCUGCAUUCCAUCAGAGAUACUAUAACCGACGAGGGUCAGCCUCUCAUACUGGAAGCUCCUUUCACAGGGAAUCCCAUACCGACAGCAGAAUGGACCAAGGAUGGACAGCCAAUCGCUCCGUCUGAUAGGAUUUUGAUGACGUGCGACGGAAGAAGGAUUGGUUUGAAAAUCGACAAAUCCAUCCCAUCCGAUGCUGGAGUUUACGGAGUCAAAAUUAUCAACCCUCUCGGAGAGGAGUCCACUCAAGGCAAAGCUACUGUUCGAAAAGUUUUUAUGGCGCCAUCCUUCACACAGAGGUUCACCGAUCUACAGCAGCUUCCAGACAGAGAUGCUAAAUUCCCCUGCCGAGUCACAGGUGUACCACAACCAGAAGUCACGUGGACCAAAGAUGGUGAACCGCUGCGAGAGACCGAUAAAUAUCACAUCAAAAGAGAUGGAGAUCUCUGCUGUCUAUACGUAUUGAACUGUGGACCAGAUGACGCUGGUGUUUACAGAGCCACAGCUGUCAAUCAGGAAGGGGAAGACGCAUGCACUGCCUCUUUGGAGGUGGUCAAGGAAAUAAAAGCCCCCAAGAAGAUGGAACCUCCAGUCUUCCUCAAGCGCAUCGGAGAUACCGAGCUCUUCAAGGCCAUGACAGCGAAAUUCACAGCUUGCGCUUCAGGAAUUCCAGAGCCUGAUGUGGAGUGGUUCCACAAUGACAAGAAGUUGUUUCCGUCUACCAGGAUCAAGAUGGACAAGGAUACUGCUGGACUGCUAAGACUCACAAUCUCGGGAGUAGAUGAAGAUGAUCUUGGGAAAUAUUCUUGCAAAAUUUCUAAUGAGCAUGGAAGUGAUAUUUGCCACGCUACCUUGAAAUUCGAUGAAGGAAUUGAACAUAAACCCAAACGUCCCAUCACAGAUCAGUAUACCGACUUCGAUAAAUAUAAAAGAAGCGGAGCUCCAAUGCCUAUUUCAGAUCCUCCUAUCAUAUCCCAAAUGACAGACAGACACUGCACCCUAUCUUGGAACCCCUCCAUACCCACUGGGCCUAGAGCACCAGUCACUUACCAACUGGAGAUGUGCGAAUUGCCCAACGGAGACUGGUUCACUGUUAGAUCUGGCAUCAGAAGCUGUACCUGUGGAGUGAGGAAUCUGGAACCGUUUAGGGAUUAUAAGUUCAGGGUGAGGGUUGAGAAUAAGUACGGCAUCAGCGAUCCAUCUCCCUAUGCUCUGACGCACAGGCAAAAAUUAGAACCAGAGCUGCCGAAAUUCCGGCCAUAUCUCCCACCCGAGAUCGAUUUCCGUCCGGAUACGUCCCCCUACUUCCCCAAAGACUUCGAUAUCGAAAGACCUCCACACGACGGCAUGGCACAAGCUCCGAGAUUCUUGCGUCAAGAACAUCCCAUCCAGUAUGGCGUCAAAGAUCAGAACACCAACCUCUUCUGGUUCGUCUACGGAUACCCGAAACCAAAAAUGACGUUUUACUUUAACGAUGAGCUGAUCGAAUCGGGUGGAAGAUUCGAUAUGAGCUAUACCAGAAAUGGACAAGCGACGUUGUUCAUAAAUAAAAUGUUGGAGAGAGAUGUCGGAUGGUAUGAAGCAGUGGCUAAAAACGAACAUGGAGAGGCACGCCAGAGGGUUCGUUUGGAAAUAGCUGAGUUGCCGUACUUCAUCAGGAGACCUGAAAUCGAAUACGUAAUGUUGAGGGGUAAAGCUAAAUUCGAGGCCAGGAUAAUUGGGGUUCCUUAUCCUGAGAUCAAAUGGUACAAGGACUGGAAGCCGUUGGCAGCAUCUACCAGAAUUAAGAUUGCAUUCAUCGAACCUGACACAGCAGUAUUAACCAUCCACGACGUGAUCCUGAAAGACGAAGGACUUUAUUCGGUCAGCGCGAGAAACGUUGCGGGAUCAGCGUCGAGCAGCGCCAUGUUGCACGUCGAGGAGAACGAGCACGAGUACAAACUCAGAAACUACUCGAAUUUGUCGCCGCUGAAGCCUAAGAAGCGCCUCCACACCGAUUUCUACGACAUCGGGGACGAGCUAGGACGCGGAACGCAAGGAGUCACCUAUCAUGCAGUCGAAAGGCUCACCGGUCGCAAUUACGCUGCCAAAAUUAUGCACGGUCGCGGAGAGCUCCGCCCGUUCAUGUACAACGAACUGGACAUGCUGAACGAACUGCGCCACAAGAAACUGAUCUCUCUCCAUGACGCAUACGAGACGGACGACUCUUUGGCGCUCAUCCUCGAGCUCGCGUCUGGAGGAGAGCUUGUUCGGGAUCACCUCCUGAAGACGGACUACUACACCGAGAGCGACAUAGCCGGCUACAUGAGACAGCUGCUUCAGGGCCUGGACUAUAUGCACGAUCGGGGUUACGGGCAUAUGGGCCUCAAUCUUGGUGACUUACUGAUCUCUCACCCCGGAGGGGAUGAUUUGAAAAUAACAGACUUCGGUCUGACGAGACGCAUCCAGCACGGCAGCUUCUACCCCCUGAAGUACGGAGUUCCGGAGUACGUGAGCCCGGAGGCUGUGAAUGGAGACGGAGUCGGGUUCGGGCACGAUAUGUGGAGCGUGGGAAUCAUCACCUACAUCCUCCUGUCGGGAAGAUCUCCAUUCCGGGGUGAAAACGACAGGGAGACACUUACUAACAUCCGGUCCGGUAAAUGGAUGUUCGAAGAGUCUUGGUGGUCGAAGAUCAGCGUGGAAGCGAGAGACUUCAUCAGCAAGCUGUUGGUGUACGAGGCGGAAGACAGGAUGGACGUCAGAGCGGCUCUGAGACAUCCUUGGUUGGAGCGGGCAGAUAAAAGAUAUUCUGAAGAAUUCCGGAUCAGCAGCAGGUAUCUCAGCGACUAUUGGAGACUUUACAGAGAAUGGUACGACAACGCUUCUUGCAGAAGGUGGCUGAGACGCAGGCCACUAGAAGGAGCAUUCACACAUCCCUCCAAGAUGGUUUAUCCUCCUGGUGAAUACGACUCUCCAAGAGCAACGCCCGUUCCAUUGGAUAAGAUUCCAAGAACAAGAACUACUUGGGAAGAUCAGUUACCCACCAGAUCGCCUCUCAACUACGAAAUCGGCGCGUUCAGAUCAGAAAGCCAUUAUCAAAAUGGGCCGGACACAUAUUUACUACAGCUGAGAGAUGUUGAUUUUCCUGUACGCUUGCGUGAAUAUAUGAAAGUUGCAGCCAAUAGGGGACCAGGAUCUGGCUACAUAGUGUCAGAUGAAAAUGGUUAUGACUGGAGGACACCUAUAAUUCGUGAGAGAAGACGAUUCACAGACAUCAUGGAUGAGGAAAUCGAUGAUGAAAGGAAAGCUCGCAUCAAUAGAUAUGGCGCUGACAGAGAUCCAGCAAUCAGAAGGAUCAGGCACGAAAUAGGGUCACGAUUGGAUACUUACGUAGAAGCUGAAGCGUUCUUGGAAGCCAAACAAGAUGGACGGCUUCCAUUUUUCAGAGAGAAACCCCAGUUCACUGCUAUGACAGAAGGAAAAGAUUUGGAACUCACUUGUCUAGCUGUAGGUGAACCCCAACCGAUUGUUCAGUGGUUCAAGAAUGACGCCAUAGUCGCAGAGUCUCACCGCAUCAAAAUCACCACAGACGAAGAAGGCCGUUCUCACUUCAAGCUGUGCCCAGCCUUAGGCUUCGACCAAGGCAUGUACAAAGUUGUGGCGCGCAACAAGAUAGGCCAAACCAUCGCCAGGACGAGGAUCGUCCUCGGACUCGUUCCUGAUGAGCCUGACAGCCCGGAAUCUACUCAGAUUUCGGACUCUGAGAUUUUGCUGACCUGGAAGCAACCCAAAUUCGACGGCAACGCGCCUGUCAUCUGCUACAGUCUAGAGUACAAGUUGUCCGAUGAAAUGGAAUGGCAGAAGAAGGCUGAUAACAUCGACCACGAGUUUUAUUUGAUAACAGGACUGGAGUCGAAUAAGAGCUACAUAUUCAGGUUGGCGGCAAAGAAUUCCAUCGGGUGGAGUGAUCCUGGAGUGCCAUCUGCGCCUGUUACGACGAAACCCUCAGGUUCACCCAAAGUUCAAUUGAGCAAGGCCAUGCUUCAUCUUCAACAAAUUACUGACAGCGGCAAACCCGCAGAAGAAGACUCUCAAAUCCGUCACGAUUACAAAACAGAGUCGUCUCCUGUAGAAUGGGAAGAAGCGAAUGUCCAGGAACAGUUCAAUUUCAUCUCGGAAAUAUCAAGAGGUCAAUUCUCAGUGGUACUCAAGGCAGUUGAUAAAAGAAACGACUCUGUGGUAGUUGCAAAAAUAUUGGAAUACACCGAGAAUAGAAAAGAAGACGUCGAUGGAGAAUUCGCAGCUCUAAGGUCUCUGAGGCACGAAAGAGUCGCAGGACUUGUCUCUGCCUACCAAGUCAACGAAACUGCGGUAUUCAUUUUGGAAAAGCUUCAGGGUGCUGACAUAUUGACCUACCUGGCCAGUAGGCAUGAAUAUUCUGAACAAACUGUGGCUACAAUUGUUUCACAAAUUCUGGAUGGACUGCAAUACCUUCAUUGGAGAGGACUAUGUCAUUUAGAUCUUCAGCCCGAUAAUGUGGUCAUGUGCGGAGUCAGAUCGGUACAAGUCAAACUAAUAGAUCUGGGAUCGGCUCACAGAGUCACCAAACUAGGAACCAAAGUGCCCAUCGUCGGUCAUCCCGAUUACAUAUCGCCUGAGGUCCUGGCUGAAGAACCAGCAUUCCCACAAUCCGACAUAUGGGCAGUGGGUGUUUUGGCAUACGUAAUGCUUUCCGGAGUAGUGCCUUUCCGAGGACAAGAUGAAAACGAGAGCAGGCAAAACAUUCUCUUUGUUCGUUAUAGGUUCGAACACUUGUUCCAAGAAGUAUCACAAGAAGCGACGAGGUUCCUCAUGCUUCUGUUCAAACGGCAUCCUAACAAAAGGCCAUCACCCGAAGAAUGCCACGAAAACCGGUGGUUACUACCGACUGACUACAUGAUCAAGAAAAGAGAACGGGCAGUUUUUCUGGGCCACAGACUUAAAGAUUACUCAGAAGAAUAUCACAGCGAGAGGGAUCAACUUUCGCAGAAAUCGAAGAGCUUACUUGGUGUCAAAUUAAUUAGGUCUCACAGCAUUCAAGAGGAAUUAUUAACGACGUCGUAGAUUUGUAGGAAGUUUAUGAUCUGAUUGUAAAUAUUGUUUAUACAGAUGUAUUUUGGUUUUAUUUAUUCGUUUUUCGUUGUUUUUUGAUCUACCAUGAUGGUGAAGUGAAGUUUGGGUUUGGUGUAAUUAUUUAUUUUUCAAACAACUUUAGAACUAUAGGAAGCAGCUUUCAAAAACCUCCCAAACAGCCCUUCAAAAAUGAGAAUAGUAUGAAUGUGACCUUUUUCAAAAAUAUAGGUGGAUUUAUGCAGCUUCAACUUCCAUCCUAACUUCAACUGUGAAAUUUCCAUCAAGAAAUACAAAAUAUUUCAUGCAGCACUAUCGUUUCCCAAACUACACAUGCGCAGUCAGCAUAUUCUAUCAUAAACAACAAAGUCAACCCAACCUUGUUCAGUGAUACUAUUACUUCUGAUAGAAUUUUACGGGUGCAUCAACAUAUCAUACAUAACACAUAAUUAAUUUUCAAAAUUUGGAUAGAAUUAACAGCGUGUGUAUGUGCUAAAGCAAUUUACACUUUCACCGCUGUAUAGAAGAACUGGUCAUUACACUUUGUUCGCCACUUCCUAUGUUCGUGUUCCACAGUUCCGUUUUUUUUUUGACGAGUUCCCAUCCUAAAUUCCACACCCCUAAAUAUUUCAAAGAGACAGUACAACACGCUAACACAGAACAUAUAUAUGUUCUAUGGUUUCGGUGCAUUCAUUUUUGACUGAAAACCGAUAGUUCAGUUUUUAUAGAAAAAAGAAAUAUGGAAGUUGAUGCCACAUAAAUCCAUCUUAAUGGUCGUGGAUAUCACCUUUCCAGAGUCGCCUUUAGAACAAUUUAUUCUUGAAAUUAAUGUCAUUAUCAGUCUGAAUGUAUUUUUGGUUCCUGUAUACAAAUAAUCAAUAUUUUCGGUUGAUAUUAUUCUGUUACUUCGUUUGAAAUGUUAUUAGAAUUUUAUUUCAAUAAAGAAACUUAUAAUUUA